CAGGCCCCCCUUUUUGUUUAUCUAUACCACUCCCUCCAUUUAAUCUGUAUUCAUUAUUUUUCUUUUCCGUUGUUUAGAUUCCACUGCAUUAUCAACAUGGUCAAUAUCACAGACGAAAUAUUCGCGUCUCGCCUUACAAUCCUUCGGGAUUUGUUCGCGGACAGCAUAUCCGCGCCAACAGCCGCAAACAAGCUCGCCGAGGCCACGUUAUCUGACGAUACAACGCUCGAGGGUAGUCUCGGCCGUCUCUGGAACCUAGUACUCACCCUCGCAUGCGAAAAUCCCGAACACCAAGACAAACUUGUUGAUGUUCUCGUCGACCUCUCCGAGCUCCCCAGCCCCGACGCAGAACAGGGGUCAGGGCCCUUGACCAUACACGAGAUGGAAGUAUGGAAAGACCUGCCCAUGCUGGGCUGGAGCCUCCGCGACUACUAUAAUAUCUCUGUCAAUCCCAAUAAAAGCGCCGAGGAGCAACAAAAGGCUAUCUCGCAGAUCAUCAACAUCAGCAAAUUCGCUGCGCUCCUUACGGCAACCGAUGAGGAUAUCUUCGCGUCCAACUCGUGGUUUGCUCUAAUUACCCUCCGCGCGGCGCUUGAGUCACCUACGGAACGGAGGCCUGGGGCAGAGCCGCUGGAAGCGUGGAUUCCUGCCGCGGCUGCGUGGAUCGAGACUCUAGGUGUGGAGAUCUAUAACUGGGAUGAAGAGUUCGAGUCUGGGCCCAAAAUCGGUGCAAGAGGAAAGGGAGGGCCACUUUGGGAUGGAAAGCAUGGCUUCUGUAAGGGAAGAUGGAAGCUUUGGCGGGAGAGAUUUGGAGAAAUCGCUAGAACAGAAGGUGAACUCGGAGAAGAUGUCAAAAAGACCGCAGAAGAUGCGGAAACAAUGAUGAAGGAGAUUGAAGCCGGGGAUGUAGAGUAACCAGCAGAUUAUAGAAGCCUAUCCGACAAUACUAGUAGAUCGAUAUAAAUACCCUCAAGCAUGACAUAGCAAUAGCAAUUAUUUAGGAAGGAACCUAGCUUCAUCCGCACAAGAACUGUCCAUCAUCGUAUGCAG